AUGGCACCCCCAUCACAGCCCCCGAACGAAACCUCCCACCCUCCCUCUUCCUCAAACCACAUCUCUCCCACUCGCGAACCCCCUUCGCUCCAACCCGUGACCUCAGGCUCCAGCGCCGUCUCCUCCCCCACGACAACCCCCAUCCACUCUCCCCACAAGCUACCCGCCUCUCCCCGCCUCUCCCACCGCUCACUCCUAGCCGAGAACAUCCGGCAAGGCCCGCCCUCCCCCCGCGCACAACGCACGCAGUCCUUCUCCGAAGCCGCGUUGACUGAGCUCCUCAUGCAGCCGUCGAUGAGCAAAGCGAACGGCGUGGCGGACGAGCGGUUCAAAGGCCGCGACUGGAGGACCAUCCAGGUGCAUGAGAUUAUCGAUCCCGUGGAAGCGAGGUUCGUCGAACUCGACACGGAUAUUGAGCAGACUACCAAGCUGCUUAUCCGCUCUGGCUCUCCCAAUGUCGUGUUGGUUAGAGAGUCGCGGACGACGCGGACGGUGCUUGAUCUUUUUGGGUACGACGAGUUGAUGGCGUAUCUCUUGCUGGUUCUGGGCAUUACACACUCGGAUGAGUUGGCGACACAGUUGGCCAAGAGGGCAAGAGCGGGAGAGGUGCUGCCUCUAAGAGAUGUCUUUGAUCACCUCGGACAGCGCGAGCCUCCCACGUUUCUACAUAGUACGGCGAGCUUGAUGCAAGCCAUGGAGGUUCUGGGGAGUGGCCUGCAUCGAGUGGUUAUCUGCAAAGAGGGAACGAGCGAGGCCAUUGGUGUCCUGAGCCAACUCAGACUCGUGCGCUUCUUUUGGGAGCAUCACACAAACUUUGCCACCACGGAACCGCUCUACUCGCGCACAUUGCAUGACCUGGAAAUCGGCGCCAAGGUGGUCGUGGCCAUCAAUGGGGAUAAACCGCUUGCUGACGCGCUCCGGCUGAUGCAUGAAGAAGGGAUAACGUCGCUUCCCGUGCUUGACAAUCAAAACAAUGUUGUGGGAAAUAUCAGCCACGUGGACACGAGGCUGCUCACGGACACCUCCGCCAUCCCGCUCCUCGGCCAAUCAUGCAUCCACUUCAUCGGCGUCAUCCUCUCCGAGCGCGGCGUGCAAGAUGGCAAGGACGCCUUCCCCGUCUUCCACGUAACGCCCCACAGCACACUAGCACACACAGUCGCCAAACUCUGCGCCACGCUCGCACACCGAGUCUGGAUAGUGCAAGCACCAAGCCCAUCAGGAAGCGUACCCCCCAGCCCCGGCCCGGGCAUUCACCACGUCCCACCCUUCAGUAUCGGUUCUCCCUCGCACGCACCAGCUCCAGCUCGAUCGGGCUCCGUGUCCGAGUCAGUGCCAGGGCCGAUGUCAGGGCAUCUAGGCACUGGCACCAAUCCGAGCACGAACGCCGUUUCUGCGGCUCAGCUACCCGGCGCCGCCAUGUCCGGCCGUCUUUCCGGCGUUGUCAGCUUGACGGAUGUGCUGAACCUGUUGGCGCGGGCGAGUGGGUUGAGCCCGCGCGAUCCGGAUGAGACGAGGCGGCGGAGGCGGAGGAGCAGCUCCGGCUCGGCGAGAGUCAUGGGCGAGUCGAACCCCGACUUGCUGCGGAGUAGUGGGGAGAUUCUGCGGUCGAGGCAGGAGAGGAGUGCGAGUCGGGGGAGUGUGGGGAGGAGGUAA